AAUAAAGGCUUACAUCUGACAUAAAUUGAAGCGUUAAAUUGACAUUGAGCUACUCCACGUCAAAUUUGUUUUCUGUACAUCUGUUCUUCAGAGACCGGUGUUUACAUCAUGGAUGGAGGAAUUUUGGAACCAUCUUUGUAUGCUGUUAAAGCCAUUGCCAUCUUAGAUAAUGAUGGAAACAGACUGAUUACUAAAUACUAUGAUGACCAGUUUCCAACAGCCAAAGAACAGAAACAAUUUGAAAAGAACCUGUUUGGAAAAACACACAAAGCCAACUCUGAAAUCAUCAUGUUUGAGGGUCUUACAUGUGUGUACAAAAGUAAUGUGGAUUUGUUCUUUUAUGUUGUUGGCAGCUCACAAGAAAAUGAGCUGAUCUUAGCCAGUGUUUUGAAUGGUUUAUAUGAUGCCAUUAACCAAAUUCUCCGUAAAAAUGUAGAAAAAAGGUCGCUCCUGGAAAAUCUUGAUGCCGCCUUUCUUGUAGUAGAUGAAAUCUGUGAUGGAGGAAUUAUCUUAGAUUCUGAUGCCUCUUCAAUAGUGCAGAAAGUGUCAAUCAGAAAUGAUGAUGCUCCCCUCGGAGAACAAACUGUGGCCCAGGUCUUACAGAGUGCAAAAGAGCAGAUCAAAUGGUCAUUACUAAAGUGAGACAAGACGAACAAGUCAUCAAGUGACCAAUCAUUCAACAUUUUUUUUAAAACAUUAUGUGGGAAGGUUAGCUAAAAUGAAAUUGGAAUGAAAUGAAUAUCUUCAUUUACUGUCUUGAACAUUAACAUUUAUGUAUUAUUGUAGAAGGAGGGAGAAAAUGUAAAAUUACAUCAUCAGUCUGAAAACAAAAUAUUUUAAGAACCAUAAUUGAAGAACAUGGAUAGACAUUUGAAUUAAACUUAAUUGCAUUAUAAAAGCAUCUUGCAAGCUGCACAAUUUAAAGAAAUAACCAGGUAAAAGGCCAGGAUUUGUGGCUAUAUAAAUAAUGAUAUGUAAAUCAUGAGAUAAAAACACAUUUUCUACUUUACAUUUUAAUUGCAUUUUGAAUGUUAGGUGAUUUAUAGAAUUGUGUGUAAUUAUGAGAACAUACUGUAAUAUUGAGAGAAAGGCUUGUGUGAGAGAAAGAGUGGACAGAUAUUUAUGGAAUAUUUGUUAUUAAAGAAUCUGAUGAAAACAGUAUAAAAAAAAACAAGUUCUGUUGUGUUCAUUAAAUAUAAGGAAAAUCACAAAUUGUACUCUGUUCAUUGACUUAGGAAUUUAUUUUUAAAUGUUCAGUAUUUAAAAUUUGCUAUCAACAUCUAUUGUAGCUAUAUAUACGUGUACUUGUUAUUAUUAUACAAUGCAUUAAGGCUGACUUAAAAGGGAAUGUGUCAAUAGGUACUGGUGACAAACGAAUUGUGUUUCGAAUAGAAAUGCACUUUUCAAAUGUUUUACACAGAAUGUAUGCAUGAUUUAAAAUUUCAGACUUAAAGAAGUUUGACACUAAACGUUGAUCAAGUAGGUGGAUUGAAAAGUACAUUAAAAAGAAUUACUUUU